GACUCAUAUGUCAGGCCAAUUACUCACCCCGGAGAAGCUAUGGUGGUUAGGAAGAUUUUGUAUAGCCCGUCGCAAAUUGCAAUUAAAGCUUCUACAAGUACAUCACCAAUUAUAAAUACCGAUCUUGGCUCCUGGCUCUUCGACUUAUAUCAUAGUGAUUGUCUAUCAAAUAAGUUUCUCUUUUUAAGUUAAUAAUUGCCAGUACUAUUACUACCCUAACCUACCUUAGAGUUACCUACUAGGUAUAUAUCACAAUGUCACAUCAAUCCGCCUCGUCUGUACCUACCAUGACUCCACGACGACCAUCAACCGGCUCAGAGAAAACUCUAGUUGAUACUCUGACUCAGAAAGUCGAUGCCUCCGAGAGGGAUGAUGACCAGAAGUCAUCCUUAGAUGCACGAUCCACGCGAAGCCAACGUAGCACCAGUUCGGUCCGAAGCGUAAUGGACAAGGCGGCGAAGAAGGUCAAGUCAAAGCUUGGGGGGGAAAGCUCGACCUCUGACGCUAAACCCAAGUCGAAGCCCAAGCCCAAGCAGCCGGCACAAGAUCCAUACCCGGAUACGGUCUAUAUGUGGCGAGCACUUGCAGAAACCAGGCUUUGAGCACGGUUACCCCUAUUCCUUACCGUACGGAGAGACAGCUUGCGACUUCGCGCGGGUUAUUCGAUAUGAUAUCGACGCAGGUCAAUUGCCAACUAGACUCUGCUAUGGGCAUGGCUUGCGUCAUGAUACCCCAUCAUAUCAUUCUCCUGAAGUCAUUCUUCGACGACACGAACACACAUACAUGCUUGGGUACCUGGUUUUAUAUACGAUUAAUAUCUAUUUGAGAGUAGUUUUGGAGUGGAGGAAUACAACUUGGUCGGUGAUAACGAAGUUAAACAUGAUCGGAUACUUAUGAGGAAUCAGGGAUGAGGAGGCUGUGCUAUGUUCUUUCGAUUAUAUCGCCACCUUGGCAUACUUAGACUGCUAAGAGAAUGAUGCUAGGGGACUAUUUGUUUCGUUAUUGGUUGUUGUUGUUAGUUUCAGUAACACUCAACAUUCAUUUACAUUUUUAAUACUACCUACCUACCUACACAUAAUUCAUGAAAGUGACUGUAAAGAGAUUGAUUAUGCCAUUGUAGAUUGCUUUG